AUGUCCACAACAACGAACCCAGACCCAGCACCGGGCCCACUAGCUUUCAUCCCGCUCGAAGCGAACCCCGAGCUCAUGACCACCCUCCUACACAAACUCGGUCUAAGCAAAGCCCUACAAGUCCACGACGUAUACUCCAUCACUGAGCCGGAACUCCUAGCCUUCGUCCCGCGACCCGCACUAGCACUCCUCUUAGUCUUCCCCGUAUCCGCGACCUACGAGUCAGCACGUCUAGCCGAAGACGCCGGCGCAGAAGAAUACGCGGGUAAGGGAGAGGGCGAGCCCGUUCUCUGGUUCAAGCAGACAAUCCGCAACGCCUGUGGGUUAAUGGGUCUUUUGCACGCUGUUUCUAAUGGGCCUGCGAAGGGUUUCGUUGAAUCAGAUACCCCCCUCUCCCGCCUAAUCGCAGCCUCAACACCCCUCCCACCCGCCGAGCGCGCCGCCCUCCUCGAACGCACCCCCGAGCUCGCCUCCGCGCACCAAGAAGCCGCGAGCCAAGGCAACACCACAGCACCUGACGCGCGCGACGACGUUGAUUUACACUACGUGUGUUUCGUAAAAACCGAGCAUGACGGUGGUACACUCUGGGAACUCGAUGGUCGACGGAAGGGCCCCAUCGCCCGCGGCAAGUUAGCAGAGAACGAGGAUGUUUUGUCCGAGAAGGCAUUGCUCUGGGGCCCGUUGAAGUUCCUCGAGCGUGGAGGCGGCGAUAUGCGGUUUAGCUGUGUUGCGCUGGCGGGUUCGUUGGAGUAG